GUUUUAUGUACAUCGAUUACUGAUUCUAUAAUGUGUUUGUUCUCAUUUCAAAUCAUAUAGUAAUGCUUACAAUUUUGUUUGACAGAAUAAACAACUAAGAACAUGGCUGCUGCGAGUGGAACCAAUGAUUUAUCUUCAGAGAUGGAGCUGGAUGCUUUUCGACGUCUUUUUCCUCUACGUUUUCACGAACGACAUCUCCUUGAAUCCAUAAGGCCCGAUGGGCGUCCCCUUGGAAGAGCUAGAGACACUUCGCUUAGUCUUGGAGCUGUUGCAUCUGCUAAUGGAUCAGCUCUAGCAAAGAUAGGAUGCACUACUAUGUUGGCUGCCAUUAAAUUGGAAGUCAUGACUCCAACUGUAGAGGCACCUGAUGAAGGAUGCAUAGGUAAAAUAUUUCUGUACUAG